GGUUGCAUGAUCCUGCUGCUGUGGGAGAGUAGCCAAUUCACUGCAUAGCAGCACAGCUCAGCGGUAACAUCUGAUUCCAACAAGUCUUUGAAAAGCUGCGUUUGAUUUAACCCUCAUAACGGUCAGGAGACGUGUCGACGGGGAAAGUAGUAUUCGCAUGACAUUCAGAACGCUGGAAGACAAACCUCGAAUAUGAAGAAUUCUGUCUGGAGCGCUUGUUAACGGCACAUAACUGAGCAUUUGCAAGUGCUGAACCUCUUUGCUGAGUUAACCCCUCCCCCUGCCUGAGCGACCGGAGCUGCCGCCUCAUCAGGUUUACCCGUUCUGUCUGCCUGUCCCAACUCCUGUAAGGCUGGCCCCCCAACCCACCAUGUCUACGGAAGUGGCGAGCAAUACACCUGUCGUCCCAGCCGACCCCUCCAGCACUCCCUCCCCCACAACAAGCAUCCCCACCACCCCUUCCGCAGCACCAGCCAAGACCCCCUUCAAGAAAGAGAAGAAGAAAGCUCCAGAGAAGACUGAUGAGUACCUGCUGUCCCGGUUCCAGGGUGAUGGUGUGAGGUACAGGGCCAAGCUGAUUGGCAUCGAUGAUGUCCCAGAGGCCCGAGGGGACAAGAUGAGCCAGGACUCUAUGAUGAAACUCAAGGGCUUGGCAAUAGCCUCUCGGUCACAGGGCAAACACAAGCAGAGGAUCUGGGUCAACAUAUCCAUGUCGGGCAUCAAGAUCAUUGAUGAGAAAACAGGGGUAAUAGAACAUGAGCACAUGGUGAAUAAGAUCUCGUUCAUCGCCAGAGACGUAACAGAUAACAGGGCCUUUGGUUACGUGUGUGGGGCCGAGGGACAGCACCAGUUUUUCGCCAUAAAGACUGGCCAGCAGGCAGAGCCCCUGGUCAUUGACUUGAAGGAUCUGUUCCAGGUCAUCUUCAACAUGAAGAAAGAGUCUGAGGCCUCACAGAAGGAUCAGCGCAAUAACGCAACAGUUGAGAAUGGUGGCAACACCUUGCUCAGUAUCGAUGGCCAGGCAGGCACUGCCAAAGAGGUGCAACAACUGGAUCUGUUUGGAGACAUGUCCACACCCCCAGACAUCCAUUCUCCUACAGAGACUAAUGAUAUUCUAUUGCUGGAUCUGUCUGCUGAGGUUGACAGCAAUCAGAACUGUAUAAAAGGAAAUCCCUUCACUUCCUACGCCUCUAACCUUUGGGGCAACCCCCAAACAGAGAACCCCUUCUCCUCCACGUUUGGCUUCUUUCCAACCCCAGACUCUGACCCUUUCAGUGACGACCCCCUUGCCCAAUCAGCAACCCCCAAUUCUCAGAUCUCAGCACCCUCCACCAAUCACAGCCAAGAGAGCUCUGUUCACAUCUUGGGCAGGCCAGUCAUGAACGACGAUGGUCUUACUGGAGACUCUGACCACUCCGGUCAGCAGUUGAACGGGUUGUCCAAUAAGAACAUGAUCCUGGCUCUCAGUAAUUGCCAGUGGCCACUCGGUGGCGCUAUGUCAGAGUGCAGGGUCCCUGUUCUAAUCCAGAACGGUUUGGGACCUGUGGCCUCUCCACAGAACCCCUUUCUCGACAUAUCUGGGGAAAUCCCGUCCCUCUGUAACAGUGUGCUGUUGGAUCCAAAAGAAAACCCACCCAUGGGUCAUGGCAAGGACAGUUCGGUAGUGAUAAGCCUCCCUCCACAGAACACGAAGGCUGGACGAGGUCGGAGGAGUGCCAAGUGUCCUCCUGCUGACGACCUGUUUGGGGCUGACAUGUUUGCUGCUCCCAGUCAGCCUGACAGCUCGUCUGCCUCCAAUGACCUCUUCAGUCCCACCACCUCCUCCAUGGCAGCUCUCGGAACGUUGCAGUUGGGGUCCCCUUCAGUCACCAUCCCUCGGACCGCCCCAUCACCAUGGGGAGCCCCAGCCUCUUCCAUGUUCACCAUGCCAGGAGGGGUCACACUCUCCAACCCCCAGCCCACCUUCCCCCAGCCAUCUGCCUUCAGUGCCCUGCCAAUACCUCCAGCCCCCUGGGGCCAGCAGGCGCCAUCCCCCUAUGGGGCCCCGCCAGUCAGCCAGGCUUGGGGACAGCCUGCACCUGCAGGGCCCAUGGGUGCACCAGGCUGGGGUCAGCCUCCUAUGGCUAACCUCUUCCAGCCCGAGCCUUACACCAUGAUAGGAGGCCCUCUACAGGGUAUGCCGCAGGGUCCACCACGGCCCCCACCCCGGCCACCAGUAAAGGAGGCCCCAGCUAAAGUGGAACCCAGUGCCUUCACAGCUCUGGACCCACUGGGAGGGGAGAAGGAGAAGAAGAGUGGGAAGGACAUGUUCAAGGACUUCCAAAUUGCCAAGCCUCCAGCCAUCCCAGCAAGGAAAGGGGAGCAGAUACCUGGGUCUGCCGCCCCAAGCACCAAUGGGGAUGGGGUGUUUGCCCAGUACUUCUCCAGCAAAGUGGGCGUGCCCCAGGAAAUUGCGGAUCAUGACGACUUUGAAAUUCAGAGUCGGAUUUCAGCAAUUGCCAAUGACCCAAUCAAACCAGCCCCACUGCACUCUGCACCCAUGAUAUCUCUUGCAGUGGUCCCUGGGCCAGGACUCCUGGAUGCAUUUGCCCCGACUCCAGCCACAUUCCUUGCUCCAGCAGCAGCAGGUCUCAACCAGAACCUAUUUGAUGAUGUAUUUGGCUCUGCUACUCCUAAUGCCUUUGGAGCACCACUUCUAGCUACGACCACUAGUGGCUCGGAUCCCUUCGGAGACCCCUUUGCCUGAGUGACACCCUGCCCAUCUUCCACAUGUGAGUGACAGAACGCAUUCUGAACCUUAGACUGUGAGUUUAGAUAAUACUUUAAACCAACCUGUGCGUUCUCGUCUUCCAGUCAGGUUUGCAGUGGUCCAGAGAAGAAGCAGCGAUGCUCUACGACCAAUUGUCUUCAGAAGCAGCUACUACAACUACAAGCGCCAGACAAUCCUACACAAUUACAACUUCUAACCCCUUGCCCACACUGAAUAACUGCCUUUCUUGAUGUCCAUUACAUAGCCCCUCGUUUACCCCCCCAAAACACCUUGUUUUUUUUCGGUUCCAAUCUCAUAGCUUUUCAGUACCACUAAAUGAAAUGUAUUGUAAUAAAGUGACAUAAUGUGCAAUGGAAAUGCUCUAUAUUAAACACUGAAUAAUGUA